UUGUUGUCUGCCCCUUACUUCCGUGUACACAUCAACAUCUUCGGAUUUUUCAGAAGGCAUGCAGAAAACCUAAUAAGAAUAUUUUUGAAGGAUUCUUGGACAGUAAUUUCCUAUUCUGUGUACAAAUGAUGAGUCCAUCUGGGUUGCAUGUGAACAAGCCAGUGAUAUUACUUAUUAUAGGAUUUGUUGGUGCUGUGAUAUUUUGGUUUAACUACACUCCCUCCGCUGAAGAAAAAGAUCUUAUUUCUAAAGUGGACGAAAAGGAGACUGGACAAAAAGAUAAGGUGAAGAUGGCUGCUGUAUCGAGUGUUACCAUGGAGUUGACUGAUGAAUUCUUCGAUGCUCUAAAGACAGAAAAAGAGCCAGAGGAGAAGACCUUAAAAGUUAAUGAUAGUUUAGAACUUGUAUACAGAGAGGUUGUACCUGCCUCUUCCAACUUUGACGUGCUCUUUCUUCAUGGUCAAGCAUUUGAAGCCAAGACUUGGGUUUCAGAUCCAGUGUACACAUUGCAGAUGUUAAAGAAAAUUGGAUACAAGGCAGUGGCUCUAGAUUUACCAGAAGCAAAAGGGAAGAGUAAAAAGCCUGAUGCUAUGGAAAAUGGAGAAUUUAUAAAGAAAGCUAUUGCUGCAUUGAAACUGGAUAAACCUGUAAUAAUAAGUCCUUCAAUGAGUGGUGGCUAUUCUCUGCCUUAUUUGUUCAAUGAGCCCGCCACAGUGCUAGAAAGGUCACGAGGGUUUGUUCCAGUAGCGCCUGUCUCCACAGCGGAAUAUAAGGACAAGUUCAAAGAUGCAAAGAUUCCGACUUUGAUCAUCUAUGGAGAAAAUGAUAAAGUGAUAGGCCCAGAAGCAUUGAAAAAUCUAAAGAACCUCCCAAGCAUUAAAAUGGAGGUGAAAUUGGAAGCAGCCGGACACGCUUGCUAUAUGAACAAACCGAAGGAUUUCAACAAAAAACUAGUGGAAUUUCUUAAGCAACUGUAAUAAGUCAUGGAUGGGUUAAUUUAGCUAAAGAACAUGUUAUAUAUAACAAUUUGGGACGUUUUAAUGUGUUGUAAACAUCAAAAAUAUAAAUAUCUACACUAAAGUUAUGGAAGCCAGAACUGGGUUUAAUUUUGUAAAACAACUGAAAAAAAAUCGUGUCCAUAUUGUUUGAUUUUUUUGCAUAACAACUCAAAUUAUGUAUCAACGAUUAAGACAGACUAUCAGAUAAACAGUUAGGGUAAACAAUUGAAAUAAUAAAAUUGAUAAUCAUUAUUUGUGUUUCUGCAGUCAAUUGUGUAAAACUAUGGUUCCUUUUUUAGCUUGAUUAGUGAUUGGUCAAUAUUUAACCAAUAAUUAAUGUUGACCAAUCAUAUACUGGCUAAAUAUAACCAGUGUCUUAUUUAUCCAGGUUUACACGAUUGGCUACAGAAAACUAUUGUUUAAAUUAUAUUUUAGCAUAAUAAAAUUAUGAUCGGUUCUUUCCAUUUAGUGUAUGCACAAAAACAUUUUUUUUAAAUAUAUUUAGUUGUUUAUUGUGUAUGUCGUGUAAUUUUAGCUCGUUUAUUUUUGGAAGAGUAAUGUUGAUGUAUUUUCGUCAAGUCUUGGUGUAGUCGGCGUGUUCGUCAUGUUAAAACUUUUACAUUGGCUAUACCUGAAACAAAUGUUCAUGUUGUGAAGAUAUUCAUUUGAAUUUUAUAACACAUGUUGCCAGCAACAAGAUGUACACGUAUAACAAGGGCCAUGACUCUGGCCUUAGCAAAUGACGAGUUUUGUCCCUUGCUUGUUUAAAAGAAACAAAAUACGAGCGCUAGCACUCGCUAGAUGUGAUUUUCCUGUCAAUAUACAUGAUUUUCUAAUUGAUUUCCUUCUACAGUGAAACUCCGUUGGCUCGAACUUCCAGGGACCAGGGAUAUUACCUCGAGCACCUGAACGUUCGAGCCAAACAGGAAUGCCUACCUUCAGUAUUUUGAAAUCAGUCCUUUACAUCUAGUUCGAGCCAACAAGGAAAUCGAGCCAAGCGAGUUCGAGCCAAUGGGGUUCGACUGUAGUGUCUUUCAUCAUGCGGCAAUUUAUUCUUUAUGGUAGUACAGACUUGAUCUUGGAUACUGUUCUUAUAUACAUGUAUAUCUAUAAUUGACGAAUCACCAAGAAUGAACAUUAAACGUAGAUCUAUACAGCAGUUACAGCACUUUUAAAUGUAGCAGUAAUAAUAAGAGAUGGCUUUCAUUGUUUCGACUAAAUAUAUUACUUGUUUGCUAGAACUAAUAUAUAGGCUCUCUGGUGUGGCUACUUUUUCCUGCUUUUUAUUUUUUUUAAAGACCUAUUUUCCUACUUUUUGUUGAAACCUUUUAUUAUUCCUAUGUUUUGUAUUGUUUUGAUUUAAUGAUCAGCUUUUAUCUUAGGUAUUUUUGUUAACUAGUCAUCUGAUGAGUCCUAAGCGGCGCAUAUUAAUCAAUUAACACAUAACCUACCUUAGAUUAUCUGAUUGCCUUAAGAAAAUUUUCAACUAUUUGAAACUAUAUCAAAGAUAUUUCAUCACGUCAUACAUUAAAGCUGCACUCUCACAGAUUGGACGUUUUGACUACUUUUUAUUUUUUGUCUUGGAACGAGCCAAUAUUUGCAAAAAAUCCAUGGAAACCAGUUAUAUAAGAAUGCUGACAAAAAAUUAGAUCGCAGAUUUUUUAUUGAAGUUAAAAAAUAAUGUUUUAUCCAUUUUUCUUAAACCUGGGUAACGGUUUAAGCCUUUAAACAUUUCUUUUUCGAACGGAAAUAUGCAAAUCUGCGAUCGGAUCUUUUGUCAGCAAUCUUUUAUCAUUGGUUUGCAGAUAUUUACUCAAAAAUUUGCUCUUUCCAAGUCAAAAAAAAACAAAAAAAAAACAGUAAACCUGUGAGAGUGCAGCUUUAAAAGUGUUUGUUAAUUAAGAUAGAAAGUUGUUUUUAAAUGAUCUUAAACUGAUGUACAAUCGAACCUUAUUGGCUCGAACUUCCAGGGACCAGCAAACAUACCUCGAGCCUCUUAAAAUUCGAGCCAAUCUGGAGUUUUUACCUUCAGUUUAAUACAAUUGGUCCUUUACAUCCAGUUCGAGCCAAGCGAGUUCGAGCCAACGGGGUUGGACUGUACUAAAAUCCUUAUUUUCCUAUUUUUGUCGUAUAAAAUUCCUCAUUUCUCCUAUUAUUUUAUCGUUAAAGCUCUUGUUUUAUUCAAUCCUUUCUUUGUAAAUUUAAUUGGGAGCCUGGAUCAGCCAGGUGGAUUAUAUUAUAAAUGUCUAGGCUAGGGAUUGUAUUAAAGUGACACCCUCAUUUAAAAUCAAUACAUACAGUGGGAUAAACUAACUACUUACUAAAUAAUGCAUUUAUGGAAUCUAUUAAUUACUGAUAACAAUAUUGUAACCGUGUAAUUAAUAGCUAAAAAGGCACAAAUAUUAAAUGAUUGGUGAGUGCUGAAAGUUUUACUGUGAUCUACUAUCGUCUCAUAAGGCAGAAAUAACGUGUUUUCUGCACAGUUCUUUCAAAUCAAACACAGCAUCCUUCAUAAAAAAACAUUGUUUUCGACAUUUAUUCAUCCUUUUUGGUAUAUAAAAACAAUUGUAUUAAUUGUGGUAAAUCUUAUUUGGGUUCGAAUGCAUCUUUAGUUUGCAUUUUAUUACUAUAUGUUUUUUUGGGGUAUGAUGUUUUCUAUGUUACAGUUCAAUGCCUUGUUUUGCUCGAUGGUUGUAUUACAAGUAGUAGUCAUUUGACGAAAAACAAUUUGUUUUGUGGUGAUUUGUGAUUGUUGUCAAGUAUAAAUUAUGUGUUGAACACAAAUAUUGUUGUGCACCAAUUUUAAUAAAGCAUUAACUGAA